GUAUCCCAAUGCAAGCAAUGUUCCUGGAAUUCUCAUACUUGAGAUUGAUGCUCCCAUUUACUUUGCAAAUACCAACUACUUAAGAGAAAGGCACACAGGUUGGAGAGGACUUGAUGAAGGCAUCGUUGUUGUUGGGACUUGCAUGAUUUAAAAGCUACAAUGGCUGGUUGCAUGUCAACCCCAUCCAAAACAAUUAAAUCACGGAAAAAACACUGUCAGCGGGUCAUCAAACGCCAUAGAAAGGCAACCUGCUCCGCUUCAGAUGGUACCAAGAAAAGAAAUACCAGUUUCAAGAAAAUAAAUAGUGAUGCAGGAGCUCGCAUGAGUGACUAUGCUGUCAGUGAGUUUGUUCAUGUGGACUUUGAGAAUGGUGCAACAACUACUCACAGAAGAACUAAGGUUUCUUAUUCAACAUUCCAUCUUACCCAGCAACAAUGGCACCACAGUCAAUAUGAUUUGAAUGUAAUUUUCCAAGAGGAAGCUUGGUUUGACUCAGUGAGUAUUCUGGAGUCUCACUCGGAUGAUGACUUUAUCAGUAUACAUGGAGAUGGUUUUCCAUUAGCAAGCAAUCUAUUCGGGAAUAUCUCAAGUGGCCAAGUACUUCAGUAUGAAAGAUCUGCUCGCUUUGUUGAUAAUGGGUGUAAGUAUGAAGAAUACCAAAGCUAUAUGAAAAUAGAUGGAGGUAAAUCAGAUAAAAUCACAGGCAAAGAUGAGCGUAGGGAAUCAAAUCGGUUUUCGCUUAUUAGUACCCAGGGCUAUGUACUUUCUCGCUUAGGGAAGGCUGAUGAAGUUUGCAGUAAGAGGAAGAAUAUAUUAGAUCACUCUUAUGGAAGCUUUGAAGGACUUAUAGAGGAUGGACGUGAUUCUAAUGAAAAAAUUCAAGACAAAGACCUAAAAUCCGGCUUAGCUCGAUUGGUACCUUCUGUAAGUUUCAAUGAUAAGAUUCGAACAGAGUUUGGUUCCGCAGUCCCAGAGAAAGCCAUCAGCCGUUUUCAGACUUUCUUUUAAAAGGAGAUCCUCUGAUGCAGAAGAAACCAUUGAACAAUGUCAAUCAAAAAGGUUUUUGUAUCGGGCUAGACCAGGAUAUGUCAUUCCAUGUUGUAGAGUAGAGAAGCCGACUUCAAGAUCUUGGUCUGAGAUUCCACCCUCAACUUUUAAAUUCCGUGGUGAGAACUAUUUCAAUCCAUAUACUCCAAUAGGUGUUGAUGUGUUUGUAUGCCCCAAAAAGAUACAUCACAUUGCCCAGCAUCCUGAGCUUCCCAAAGUGAAAGCAAAUGGGAAAGUGUUCAUUGUAAACAUACAGUUGCCUACUUAUCCUGCUACAAUGUUUCUUGGUGAUAGUGAUGGAGAGGGGAUGAGUCAUGUAAUGUAUUUCAAAGUUUCUGAGAAUUUUGAUAAAGACAUCUCUCCUCAAUUCCAAGACAGCAUCAAGAAAAUGGUUGACGAUGAGACUGAAAAAGUUAAAGGAUUGGCAAAGGACUCCACUGUACCAUUUAGAGAAAGACUAAAGAUCUUGGCUGGGGUGGUAAAUCCUAGGGAUCUCGGUCGGAGUUCUGCUGAGAAGAAGCUUUUACAAGGGUCCUAACUACUUUGAGAUUGAUCUGGACAUUCAUCGCUUCAGCUACAUAUCAAGGAAGGCUCUGGAAUUGUUUCACUUAAAGAACGGAAUAGCCGGGCGGCUAU